AUGCCUACAACAAGAAGAUCAGCGGCCAGCGCCCGGGGCCGCCCUGGUCCUGCCAAGGGACAAUCAACAAUCAGCUUCUCGGGCAAGGUCACAAAGGCCGUGCCCAAGGAUUUGAAGAAGGCAGUAGUCGAUGCGCCUAUGAUUGCCAGAACUACCAUCCCCGAGCGGCCAGCGGCCAAAGACGAAGUUCGCAAAGAAGAGGAGGAAGCCGUUAAUGUCGCUGUAGAAGAAACGGAGGUUGUUGAGCCGGAGAAAGAGGAGGAAGUAGAAGAGAUUAUUGAACAAGUUCCAGAGAAAUCGGAGGCUGAGUUGAAAGCUGAAAAGAUUACUGAUACUCAGAUCAAAUCGUACUGGAAAGAUAUUGAGAAGCAGCGCAAGGCACCUCGAGUCCAUCAGCAAGAUCUUGAUUUGGGCGAAAAAGUACUUAGAUACUUUGAUGUGAGCUCGCAAUACGGACGGGCUGAGCGACUGGGUCUGAAUCCUCCGAUUGAAGUUUUGGCUGUGCUUGUUAAGGAGGAAAACAGGAACAACGACGAGGUGGAGACUGCCCACAUUGAUCGGAUAAUGAAUGCUACAGCCCUGUUUACAUAG